ACGACCUUUUCAAAUAAUAUUUCCCAGAAACACAGGCUGCCUGCGGGAAUGUGAAAAGUGAAAGUAACAACCUCAAACGAAAAUAGAUGCGACAUUGGGAGAUACUCGUGUCUUGAAGUAGCCUAUUAGCUUUUUAUUAUUUUGUCGACUUAUGCACCUCACAAGACUUUGCGGUUGUUCAGGCGGAAAGCUCAUUCUGAUCUGCUGGACUUUGCAGUGUUUCUCCAGUAUAGGUUGAACCGAUAUGGCAUGCUGAAAUCAUAUAGCACUGGGCGUCAGGCUGAUAAGUAGCAACCAUACUCCAUGCAGGUGCACAUUGAUUCGGCACACAGAACUUCUACUGACAAUCCCACUGGAGCAGAAAUAGUGAGUCUUCUACGUGAUAUAAAAGAGCCUCCUACGUGAUAAAAUAAUGGAGGAUGACAAGCGGAACACAGACACUCAGACUGAUGACCCUGGCGAGAAAUAUCUGAUCCGAGCUGGGACCAGAACAAUCAAACUCUACACUCGAGUGCCAGGGAAUGUGAAGGACUACUGUACAACUUUGUUGAGUUCACUAGAUGCUAAAAAGCAAACUGAAAAGACGUCAGUGGAAGAGUGUGAUGUCAUCCUGGCUUUCUGCCCCGUUGUGUCUCGGCUUGGAACAGAUGUUGAAGCAGCUCUUGACAAGAUUCCAGAUGCAAAGCCUUGCAUCCUGGUGGUGAUGCAUAUCACAGUUGAUCCAUAUUUUGUUACGCCGAACAGCAGUAGAUUUGCUAAAGGCAGGGGCGUGGACACUGUGGACUAUCUGUGCUAUGAAGACGGGGGAUCAAUUAAGAGUGAAAAAAUCUCUGAAGCAGUUUUUCAAAUCCGCAGACACCUGGAAGAAUAUGCUAAGGGCCUGAGAGGAAAUGCCAGGCAGAGGGGUCCAGUUGAAAUGCUAAUACGUCUCUCUCCAACCAUCUGGCGGCUGAAGCUAAAAGGAUGGGCUCUUUCCAUGGUUCCUUUCAAAAUGGCAUGGGGAAAGAUUCAAGCCAUCAUUUCAGUUUUGUCACAAAUCUGGGCUCUUCACAUGGUUCCCUUCAAAAUGGCAAGAGACAUUUUUUUCUGGGCAUGGGGAAGGAUUCAAGCCAUCAUUUCAGUUUUGUCACAAACCUGGGCUCUUUCCAUGGUUCCUUUCAAAAUGGCAUGGGGAAAGAUUCAAGCCAUCAUUUCAGUUUUGUCACAAAUCUGGGCUCUUCACAUGGUUCCCUUCAAAAUGGCAAGAGACAUUUUUUUCUGGGCAUGGGGAAGGAUUCAAGCCAUCAUUUCAGUUUUGUCACAAACCUUGGAGGAUGACAAGCAGAACACAGACACUCAGCCUGAUGACCCUGGCUUUGUCUCUACGGAUCAACACAUGCAGACACAAGAAGCUGGAACAGGAAGGUUUCCAGCCAUCAUGUCAGUUUUGUCACAACUCUGGGCUCUUUCCAUGGUUCCUUAUAAAAUGGCAAGAGACAUUUUUUCCUGGGCAUGGGGAAGGAUUCAAGCCAUCAUUUCAUCAGUUUUGUCACAAAUCCGAUGGGCAUAUAAUACCUUCAGUAGAUAAAAGUGUAGAGGACCACCACAUGGAUUUGGACUGAGAAUAUGGACCUAACAAUAAAACAGUCAUAUUACAGUUGCAGAUGAAAAUUCACGUUUCCUUCAGAUGAGCUAGGACCUAGUAUUGGUCAUGUGGCAUUGCAGAAAACGCUGAUAUGAACAAAUACAUCAAUAUGUCACUAUAAGUGAAAAGAGAGGGUUUUGUUUUUUGAGGAUGAAAUUGGAUGCAUGGAGCAUGCCGACGAAAAUGUGGAACAACUAUAAAGUAUGACAAUUAUCAGAUGAAUUGCCUAAACUUGCACAGUAAUUGCAAAUCAUUUUGUAAAUUUCCAUUAAACAGUUGGUCAAAUAUUGUAAUCGGAAAGAUGUUUUUUUAUGUGCAUCAAUAGACCUGUCUUAAUUUAGCAAAAUUGAUGAAACAAGAAGCAAGUAUACCAAAGGAAAUAGAUACAUCUGUGUGAAACUACAGUACCAAUUCCUGUGAUAUAAAUAUUAAAACUACGCAAAUUGCUCAAAUGAAAUAAUGAGAUUUAGAAUGUUUUGAGAUGUGAUUAUGAGGAAGGAACUAGACUUGCUUUUAUCCAUUCAUCACCCAUGUGGUUUCUUCUGGAAGUAUUUCUCCAUGUAUCAUUACUAUGGAAGUGUCCUUAGAAUUUGAAUUUGAAUAUGCACGUGAAUAUGCACAUGAGCUUCACACUUAUUGAAUAUGUCCUAAUUUGCAGAGGCAGAAACACCAUACC